UAAAUUAAAUCGAAAAUGCUGAGCAGGUUCAUUGGUGUAUCAGCAACUAUCAUCAGCAGCAGAUCUGGCAGCAUUCUGUCCAGAUCUCUCUAUAAGUCGGGAGGCAGGAACCACACACAGACCAUGUCUACAGGCAAGGCUUUUAAGGUGCUGAUCACCCAUCCCGAGGUGCCGCAGGAGGGCAUCGAUCUCUUGAAAGAGAACUGCGAGAUUAUCCAAGUCCAGAGUCUGCCCGUCAACCGGGCCGAGCUUCUGCAGAAGAUCAGGGGCGUUGACGGUAUUUUCUGGGGCGGACAUGAAGCCCUCAAUGCCGAGGCACUGGAUGCUGCCGGUCCCCAAUUGAAAUCGAUCUCCACCAUGUCAGCGGGCAUCGACUAUGUGGAUGUGGCGGAGGUGAAGAAGCGCAAGAUUCCUCUGGGACACACCCCAACGGUCCUGAAUACAGCGGUGGCUGAUCUGGCUGUGGGCCUCUUGAUCGCCGCUGGCCGCCGUUUCCAUGAGGGACGCAAGAAGAUCGAAACCAAUAACUGGGAGAACUAUCAUCUCAACUGGAUGCUGGGUCAGGAUAUCCGUGACUCCACCGUUGGUUUCUACGGUUUCGGGGGCAUUGGACAGGCUAUCGCCAAGCGUCUGUCCGGCUUUGACAUCGACCAAGUGCUGUACACCACCCGACGACGCGUGGACAAGGAGAUCGAAAAGGAGUUGAAUGCCAAGAAGGUGGACUUUGACACCCUCCUGGCCCAGAGUGACUUUGUGGUCAUCGCUUCUCCCCUGACGGCUGCCACGCAGGGCGUGUUCAAUGCUACCGCCUUCAACAAAAUGAAGGAAACCGCAGUUCUGGUCAACAUCGGUCGCGGCAAAAUUGUCAAUCAGGAUGAUCUUUAUGAGGCUCUGAAGUCCAACAAAAUCUUUGCCGCUGGCCUGGAUGUCACAGAUCCCGAACCAUUGUCUGCUAAAGACAAACUCCUGUCACUCGACAAUGUUGUUGUCCUGCCCCACAUAGGCUCUGCCACGAAGCGAACCCGUGCCGAGAUGGCCACCAUUGCCGCCCACAAUGUGCUCCGCGGAUUGGUUGGAGAGCCCAUGCUGUCGCCCGCGUACUAGGAAAUGGAAAUGUUAAUGGACCGGGAACUAGAGUGGAUUUCCACUCUCAGUAAACUCUGAUUAUUGUGCGGGCAACGAAGCCAGUGAAGUGUGAAAGGUUGCCAAUGGCAAGGCCAUGGUUCCAGAUGUGAGAAUAAAAAUUAUAAUUAAAGCUACUAAUGAUGUGAAAAA